UUUUUAAUUAUAAACAUUUUAAUUUUAUCUUUAUAACCACCAAAAUAAUCAUCUAAUAGGUAUUAAAUAAAUAAUUAAAACCAAUUAUUUUUUAAUUCCUUUUAUAUAUUGCGCAUGCGUCCUUAAUUUGAAACCCCCCUAAAAAGUCACACCAUGAGGUUACAUUUUUGUAUUCACUUUUAAGUCAGUUUUACCACGUUUACCACGAUGAGUGGUUCCGAAUCUUUAUUAUCAUGUGCUAUAAACGUAGAAUGGGUAAAUCGUCACGGUGUGGUGACGAGAAAAUUAUCGUUAAAAUCAGGAAAUUUAAGAAUUUUACGAAACGAGCAUCGACAAAUGUUCGUUGAAAUAACUGGGGGAAAACUCGCCCCCGAACGAUUACAAUUAAAAGGAAUAUCCGUCCAUAAUAAGUUUAUGAACGAAGGGAAAGCUUCGAUAAAGUUUCAAGACCACGGGUGCACUCUAUUUAUUUCAAACGCACCACCUGGAAGUUUGUUAGAAUUUUUACGAACAAUUUUUAUUAAAAUGACGGGGGAGAAGGCCCAAAACAAAGAUAUUCCGUUAAGGGAACAACUCCUUUCUAAUAAACAGCGUCAAUUUGAUGAGAUUAGUCCUGUAACUAACGAAGAAUUUGUUAAAUCGCAUAAAAGAGCAACUAAAAGGACCGAAACAACCCCUUCACCAUUAAGUAGAAAGCGUAAAUUAAGCGGUGGAGAGAGCAAAGGAGCUAAACGACUUAAUUCAGCUUUAAAUAGUUUUAACGAAGCCUUAAACCAAGAACAAAAACGAAUUUUAGAUGUGUGUUUAUCGGGAGUUAAUGUUUUUUUUACCGGUAGUGCUGGGACGGGGAAAAGUUAUUUGUUAAAGAAGAUUAUUUCUUCGUUACCACCUGAUGUUACAGUCGCUACAGCUUCAACAGGUGUUGCUGCUUGUCAUAUUGGUGGAAUAACCCUCCAUCAAUUUGCCGGGAUAGGAAACGGUGAAGCAACUUUAGAACGAGCAAAAGAAUUAGCGAUGAAACCGGUAUCGGCUAAAAAUUGGCGCAAAUGCAAACAUUUAAUAAUCGAUGAAGUUUCAAUGAUCGAUGCUCAAUUCUUCGAAAAAAUCGAAUCAGUAGCCCGGCAUGUUCGUAAUAACACAAAACCAUUUGGUGGUCUCCAAUUAAUUUUGUGUGGUGAUUUUUUUCAACUUCCCCCUGUUAAGCGAGACAUAAAAAAGAAUGAGGCUAUAUUUUGUUUUCAAACCCCCGUUUGGAAAGAUUGUGUUGAUCGAACUUUCGAAUUAACGAUUGUGCAUCGACAAUCCGAUGAGGGUUUUGUGAAAAUUUUAAACAGUAUUCGCAUCGGGAAGGUAACCGAUGAAAUAACUUCCGUUUUAACAUCAACGGCUAAACAUAAAAUUGAAGAAAAUGGGAUUUUAGCGACAAGGUUAUGUUCGCAUACAAACGAUGCUAAUGUUAUUAACGAAUCGAGAUUAAAAGCCCUUACCGGGGAAUCAAAAAUUUUUCAAGCUCAAGAUAGCGAUCCAACUUCCACAAAACAUUUAGACCAAUCCACUCCUGUACCUGGUAAAAUAAUUUUAAAAGUCGGAGCACAAGUGAUGUUAUUAAAAAAUAUAAAUGUUACAAAUGGAUUAGUAAAUGGAGCGAGGGGUGUUAUUAAACGAUUCGAAGGUGAACUCCCUGUCGUUGGAAUGCGAAACAACAAAGAAUACGUAGCUAAACCGGAAAAAUGGCUCGUUAAAACAGCAAGAGGAAACACAAUUUCUCGAAUGCAAGUUCCGUUAAAACUCGCUUGGGCUUUUUCUAUACAUAAAUCGCAAGGAUUAACUUUAGAUUGUGUUGAAAUGUCUUUAGCGAGAGUUUUCGAAGCGGGACAAGCGUAUGUUGCUUUGUCAAGAGCUAAAAGCUUGGAAACUUUGAGGAUUUUAGAUUUCAAAUCAACGCAAGUUUGGGCUAAUCAAGACGUUGUUAAAUUUUAUAAAAGACUUAAGGAGGAAGUAGAGAUGUUUCGAGUUAUUCCAUUGGGGAAAAAGAACUCUUUUAGUGAUCUCAGGGCGAAAAAGACUGCUAAAAGUAUUAAUAAGAAAUUAUUUUUAGACAAACCUUUAGUUAAUAUUAAUUGAUUUUAAACAAAAAUAAAGUU